GUGCUGGCCAUCGCGCUCGGGGUCAUGGUGGCGGACCGCGUGAUCAUGGAGUGUUUCCCCGACCAGCCUCAGCAGGCGGGCCCCGCGGGCCCGGGCGGCGAGGCCGCCGGGGCGGCCGGCGCGCCGCGCGGCGAGGACGCGGCCGGGGAGCCCUGGUCCCAGCAGGCGGCGGUGUACGCGGUGUGCCUCGCCUUCGGGUACCUCUCCUUCAUGGCGCUGCGCGGGCCGCCGCGGGCCGCGGCGCCGAAGCGCCCACCGAGCGCGCCGCUUGCGAAGGCCUCGGCCCCGCGGGGCGCG